AGUACUGCUUCAGCAGCAGUGAAAGGUAGACGGUCUAAAGUUCAGACUGUUAAAUCUAAAACCAUGGCCCAGGACAUGACUCUGCUGUGGGGCUCCGGCUCUCCUCCCUGCUGGAGGGUGAUGGUCGCUCUGGAGGAGAAGAACCUGCAAGGCUACAACCACAAACUGCUCUCCUUUGAGAAAAUGGAGCACAAGUCCCAAGAAGUCUUAGAUAUAAAUCCCCGGGGACAGCUUCCAUCUUUCAAACAUGGAGAGAUCAUUGUGAAUGAAUCCUAUGCAGCCUGUUUUUACCUGGAGAGUCGGUUUAAGUCCCAGGGAAACAAACUGAUCCCAGAGAGCCAGGCAGAACAAGCCCUGAUGUACCAACGCAUGUUUGAGGGUCUCACGUUCUAUGAAAAACUCAACUCAGUCAUCUACUAUGAGUGGUAUGUCCCUGAGGGAGAGAGGCAUGAAUCAGCUCUGAAGAGAAACCGGGAGGCUCUGGCCACUGAACUCAAACUCUGGGAGGGUUACCUGCAGAAGGUGGGCGCAGGCUCGUACCUGGCAGGGCCGUCCUUCUCACUGGCAGAUGUGACCGUUUUUCCAACUGUUGCUACUGCUUUCAGAUUUGGGUUAUCUGCAGAGCGUUACCCUCAUCUGGGAGCGUAUUACACUCUGUUGAAGGAGAGACCCAGCAUCAAAGCCAGCUGGCCUCCCCAUUGGCUGGAGAACCCCAAGGGACAAGACACGCUCAAAGACAUCUGAAAUUCACACUCACUCUGUCUUUAACAUUGUAGUUUAAUUUUCUCUAAAAAAGGCUUUUGCUUGUGUUUAUAAUAUAGUUUAAAAACAGUGUUUGUCACAGCUCUGCUAUUUUUUUCUGGAAAAGAAACACAGUGUUGAGUUGAAUAGUUUGUUCUAAAUAUAUCAGUGUUACAAUGGCAGAAAUGUGUGUUCUUUUUUUUUUUUUUGGGUCAAACUAACUUUCAGAUUUUGUUUAUGAGAAUUUCUUUGGAGUCAUCUUUCAAAAAUCAGGCCAGUCACAGUGUCACAUUAUAAUAUUGUUGGCAUUGCAGCUUUUGUUACCCAGGUACAUCAGGCAUCAGCAAAGUCUGAGAGUAAAUGAUGAAAGGUUUGGAUGGCACAUUUGCUGUAGACAUUAUGUAAUGAGGUGACCAUAUAAGAGGUGAACACAGCAUUGCAUAAGCCCUGCAAAGCCCGUAUAUUCAGGUGUAACGUGCCAUAGAUUAGAUCUCAGUGGAAGAGGUAGGCGGCGUCUCUGAGGACGUGACCUAUUUGUUUCAUUGUCUGAAUGGCUGUGCCAGAACUGGUUUUUGCUCUGCACAAUGGUAACUGAAAUGCCCUGCAUUAUCGUGACUUUGCAUGCAGCAGAUGAUUUAGUUCUAUACUGCAGCCUCUGCAUGAUUUUGCAUUUUAUGCAGAAUGCACAGAGUCUUCGAGACACUCACUUCAGCUGUGGUGUAGCUUUAAUAAAACAUAGAUGUGUUUGUGUAAGAGGUGGGGUACAUGUAUAAGGGCUCGUGUUCAGAUCUGGCACAUUCUGCCAUGAGAACAGCUGCCAUGGCAGCACAGCUGAUUAGAGCAGCACCACAAGACCUGUGCAAAUUGACAUUGUGGUUCUCGUCUUGACCCAUGAAUCAGAUCUAUCUGUUGAAUGCUCUAGAUCUUAGUUCUUGACACUGUGGACUCGGGGUUUCCUCCGUUUUGCCCCAUCAGCUGGGAGCAGGGGCAGUUGGUAUUUUAUUUGGAAGAGAUAAAAUAACUGCCUUGCGGCCUCCCUAUCCAGCCUCUGUGCUGCCAGUCUGAUGGGAACAAUACACAUAUGCUAAGUGGAAUUUUACAAGUUCACAGGCGUGGAACACUUAAGGAAUAUGAGUACUGUUUACUGUAAGAGGAGCUACGAGAACAUUUAUCUGAUCAAAUAGCAUCUUUUCAUUCUGCAUUAUAAGAUCAAUUUCCACAUGCUGACAAUUUAUGAUUAUAAAAGCCAAAAAAAGGCCUCAUGUAAGCAGUGGGAUGAGAUAAGUCAGAAUGUGUAUGUAGCAGAGAACAGGCUCUAUAUUAAAAAGAAAAACUACAGCCUAAA